UGUUGUAUUUGGUUUCCUACAAGCCAGGGACCGAGGCUGUCUUUGUUGGCAAAAGAAGCCAAACUACAUACCAGAUUGGAAUAAAAGUAAUUUCGAUGGAGUAGCUGCCAACUUUGCUAUGCAGGAUAGGAAAAAUGAAGAGUCUUCAACUCAGACCAAAAUCAAAACACAUUUUCCACAGUCUGUAACCGCUAAAUGCCACAAGUGUACAAACACUGCACAACAUGUUUGA